GAGGUUGAGGGAAUCGAACACCGCCAUGUCUUCUGCUAGAUGAAAACAGAGCGAGAGGGACGAGUCGCCGCACUGCCAUCCUUCACUUUUCUCGCCUGGGACCACCUCGACAGGCGAAUGGACGCACAGAGGCCAGCCCCGGGGAUGAGGAGAGGAGAGAACCAGGUGUGAGGUGCAGGUAGAGGGUGGGGACCUUUCCCCCACAAGACCAUGACUGCUGAGGAUAAAUCUGAUGGCUCUGGCUCCUCUGAGGGCUCAGCAUCCAGUCAAGGUACCAUUGAGAAGAUCUGUGCCAAGGAGAACAAUGUGCGGGCCAGGGUAGGCCUCUACAUGAAAGAUGGAGAGAGGCUGCGUGCUGAUUUCCAUGCCCUUUACAGAGCCUUGCCAGACCUCAGAAAGAAGAAAGAUCGCAGAAAGCUGAGACGGAAGACAAAAUCUAACAAGCAUCACAAGGAUAAAAAGAAAAAGGGAGACAUGGCAGCCGGGAACAAUGCCUGCAACACCCUCAUGCCAGUACUGGAGUUGCCUGGCAAUCCCUCAUCCUUUGCCGUGUAUGCUCACGUCCGUGGCCUCGUGCUGGAAAAUGCUGCACGCCAGGCCCAGGGUGUGUACCUUGCCACCACACAGCCACUGCCUUCAGACUCGGACACUGAAGAUGAGCAGGAGCGAGGCAGAGAGGCAGCUGUCCCAAUUCCCAAGAUGGUUGGUCUGGGCCUGGUAAGCGUGUAUGAGCUCAUCCGUGGCUCUGUGUCAGCCUACCCAGCCCUCUGCAUCCGGGCUCUUGAGGCUCUGCUGGACAUUCUUCAAGGGCAGCAGCCAGAUGCCCUGCGUAAUGAGCCUCAGGAGGUCAUAGAUACCCUGUUUAACUUACUGCUGAGACUGGCAACAGCAAGCAACGGUGAUGUGCUGACCUGCCCCUCAUCACCUCUUGUGGGUGUGGCCUGUGCCUGCCUCCUCUCCCUGGUGGUGGCACGAGGAGAGACUGGCAAGUUCCUACGAGCAACUGCAGACAUCCUUAUGACCUCACGCCAGCUGGCUAGUCAGAGUAUCCAGGUGCCGGUGAUCCUCACGUACCUCCAACGCAGCGUCCACGCGGUGCUGCUGGGCAAGACAUCACGGCCAGACUGGUUGUCCUGUGGCGUGCCCAAGUCUUCACUCAUAGACAGGUUUACUUUCAAAAUUAUGACAGAUGGAGAGGAGUCUAAGGAGGACAGCACGAUGACUUGUGAUGGACACUACCUCUUUGUGCACAAUGCCCAUGGACUCUUCAAAAUUGGUUCAGGCUUUGGCGGCACCAUCAAGGGUCAUGUUUACAUCCACCGGCCGGACUUCUAUCCCAAGCAGAGAUCACAGGGAGACGUCUUCUACCGGCCGGAGGGAAGCAGUGGAGAACUGGUGGUAAUUGACCGAGAGGUGCUGAAGGUGGCCGAGGUGUACCAGUGCUCGGCCCCUGGCUGGUCCCGUGGCCUGCCCUUCAGUGACGGCAUCAACAUAGGACACAUCUCCCCUGACAGAGAGGAUGGUUUUGUGGUGAGAACAUACAACCCGUUGGUGAAGCCGAUGCCUCUUGUCAAUGAACUGAACCUGAGUCUGGCCAUAAGAUGCAUUCAGACACUGGGUGGUCUAGAGCCACCAACCUCACUUUCAACUGGGCUUGAUGAGGAUAUUCUUACAGUAGCAGCUGGGAAGGACUUUACCCUUGUCAGAACAGUUGGUGGAAAGAUUUACUACAGUGGGAAGGCAUCAUCAGUUGGCAUGAAGCAGGGCAGUGCCAGUGCGGCAGCUGCAGCUGCAGCAGCAGCAAUGGCAGGCAGCAGCAGUGGAAUAGCAGGAGGAGGUGGUAACAGCGGUGCAGGUGCCAGUGGGAAUGGUGCUGGAAUUAGCUCAGGGGCUGGGCCCAGUGGAAGCAAACCCAGUGGGGCACCUGUGACUGGUCCCAGUGGCAGCAAUAGUAGUGGCUCUGGGGGAAGGUGGCCUGAGCUCACCAUCACCAAGUCUCCACGUAUCAUCCAUCUGUCUGUGGGACAUGAGGGACAACAUGGUGUGCUAGUGUCUGAUGAGGGGGCUGCUUUUUUUGUGGGUACUGCACGACGUGGGGAAGAUGGAGAUGCCAGUAAAGGACGAAGGCAGCCUAAGCCAGUAAAACCUAAGAAGAUGAUCAAGAUGGAUGGCCAGUUUGUUGUGAGCAGUGGCUGCAACAACGGCACCUCAGCCCUUGUCACACGUGAUGGCGAGCUCUACAUAUUUGGAAAAGACACCUCACACUGUGAUGCCAGCACUGGUUUGGUAACAGAGCUCAGGGAUGUUCAUGUGAGUACUGUGGCACUAGGCAAGGCACAUGCUUUAGCCCUCACCAACAAGGGUCAUGUGCACAGCUUUGGCAUCAACAACAAGGGACAAUGUGGCCGGGACUUUACCCCACAGACCAAGGAAGGAACUGGCAUGUCUAUGUCAGUCGGGCCUGCAGGGGAAGAGGAACUGGAGGAUGAGGAGGGUGCGGAGAGUGGUGAUGAGGGCGGAGAGGGUGGCAUGUGUCCUCCUGGCCGCCAUCGCUGGGUCCGAGAACACUGUCUCAUCUGCACCGUCUGCCAUGAGUGUACUGGCUAUGGAGCUGCCUGCGUCUCCAGUGGCCGACCAAACAGGAACUCGGGACAAUUGUUCAGGCCAUGUGGGUGUGGGUCGGGAGACUCUGGAUGUGCAGAGUGUGGUUGCUGCCGAGCCUGUGCAGAUGAGGUGGAGGGAGACAGCGACCAGGACCCUUUCUCCCUUAUGCAGGAGCAACACUCAGGGCUCUUCUGCUUCCAUGAGGGGGCUAACCUAGGAGGGAACAUCUUUGGGCGAGCAUGUGGUCGCCUCCAGGACCAACUGCAGAGGAGGCUGGAUGAACGAAGGCACCGGCCAAGACACAGGCACUCCAGAUAUGCUCCCAUGCCCUUCAGGAAAGGGCCAGAUGAUGGCCACACCUCAGGCCGGAAUGGUCACACAGGUAACCUGGGCCAAUUUGAGGCUCGGCUGCUCCGCCUCCUGGCUCCGUCCUCUAACCCACCGAGUGAUGAGGGGGCUGUGGCCGGCUCCAGUAGUCCUGUCCCCACUCCUGCCAGUCCCGACCCUGCAGCCCUAGCUGCUGCUGCUGCCCUUGAUCCUCUUGCUACCAGUAACAUCCUAGUUACAGAGGAUGGCAUUGGAAGUGAUCAAGAGAGGGAUGCCAGUAAGAUUUCCUCCCUGUCACCUGCAAGAGUUCAUCUUCCUGGCUCCAUACCUGUGAUACAAGUUGCCUGUGGUCUUCAUCACUCAGUGGUGGUGUGUGCCAAUGGGGAGGCAUACACAUGGGGCAGCAACAGCUAUGGCCAGUUAGGGGUUGGGGACCUGCUCUCGCGUGGUGCCCCAUCCAUGCCCCGUUUGCCCCCCAGUGUGAGAGUUGUUCAGGUGGCAGCUGGCAGUAAUCACACCAUUUUCCUCACCUCCAAUGGACAAAUCUACAGCUGUGGGGACUUUCAGAAGGGUCAGCUGGGCCGUGUGGCACCUCAGAGUGACGCAGGCGAAGGUAGUAGCAGAGGCCGGUGUCCAUGGUACUCAGUGCCAGGUUUGGUGCCGGGUGUGGGGCCCAGGUUGGGCCGCAGGGCCACAUGGGUUGGUGCUUCAGCUGAUGUGACAUACAUCAAGCUGGAUCAGUCACUGAUUAACACUCACAACCUGAGUGCCUCAGCUGUGGUGGCCAACAGCAACUGCCUGGUGCUGCUGCCAGUGGGAGGCAAGAGAGAAGAAGAGGAGAGUUGGCGAUGUCUUGUGAUCAGUCGUAGUGAUGGGCAGUGCCGCAGCUUCUCCACACCAGACCAGAUCUGCUUCUCAGGCCACACUGUCUGCCUGGACCCUGUGUACAAUGUCCUGUGGAGUUAUGACAACCAGUGUCAAGAGGUUCACUGCUACAAUAUUAUCGCAGCUGAGGCUCAACGCAUGCCCAAUGGGGGGCCCCCAGAUGGUCUUAGAGACCUCCUCUCCCCAGAACUCUCUCUUCCUAUCUUGCCUGAAUUUCAGGUGUCUAGGGCACAGGUUGCCCUCCACAUGCUUUCUUGCAUAGACACAGUGACAUGGGCCCAUGAAUAUGGUCUCACAGUGGUGGAGACUGAUUUGCAGACUGUGGCUACUGUGCGCGUCUACACUAGAGAGGACUUCACACCUGUCAACCGGUUUGAAAGUCAUGGUGGCGGCUGGGGCUACUCUGGAUACUCCAUAGAGGCUGUGCGGUUUAUGUGUGACACAGAUGUCCUUAUUGGCGGCUUUGGUUUAUUUGGAGGCAGAGGAGAAUACAUGGGAAAAAUUAAGUUAUUUGAGCUUGGAGCAGAGGGAGGAGAUCAAGAGACAGAUGGGGAGCUGCUUGCUGAGACAGAGGAAAUGCCAUAUGAAUGUGGUAUCAGGCAGAAGUACCCAAUGUUGUUUGAUGACCCAGUGCCUGUGCAGGGUAACAAGUGGUAUGUGGCAUGGGCAAGAGUGAGUGGUCCAAGCAGUGACUGUGGCUCCUCUGGGCAAAGCAUGGUUACCACAGAAGACCAGGUAAUCUUCUACUUCAAGUCCUCAAAGAAGUCAAACAAUGGUACAGAUGUCAACGCUGGCCAGAUCCCGCAGUUGCUUUACCGAGUCAUGGCCCAUGAGGGCUCUGUGGCUCCCAAGCCACUACAUGAUGCCACUGAGCCUGUGCCCAUCCUCUCCAAGUCCUUCUACAUAACUGUGCGCAAUGAUGUGUUUCAGUCACUGUUGGACCUCCUGGGAUGGGCAUGGGCUACCCUGAGGACUUGUGUUGGAGAGCAUGUUAGUCAUGUCAGCAGUAGUGGUGCUAGUCCAACUGUGGCCAUGUUAGACCUGCAACGGCUUGUCUACAUCUGCUGUGCCUGUCUGCGGCUCUUCAGGAUUUACAUCAAUGAAGUCUAUCCUAACUCAGUGCGGACGCUGCGCAACAAUGGUGAAAAGGGUUGUUUGGCGGAGAGUGUGGCUGAUGUCCGAGGGCUCUUGCGACAGAUGCUCUCUGACCCCAUACCCUCACUCUACUCCAGGAAAGGGAAGAUGCGCAAUGGAAGAGACCUGGGGCCUCUAAGCAAGAUGGUGGUGGUGGUACUGGAUGAGUGCCACAAAACCUUUGUGUCUUGCUUCCAUGCUUUCUACCCCACUGGGCAGCUCAAGUGGUCCUGCCUCUGUGACCUACUCCUCUCUAGGGAUGCCAUCACCAAGGGGAAGGAGGAGACCCGGGAUAGUGACCGUCUGUUGAGUGCUGUGCUGGCCUCCUUAUGCUCCCCAACUGUCAAGCUGCGUGCAACCUGCCCCAUUCUGACUGACCCUGAUGCAGAGGUGACUCAUCGGCCCUCCCCCGCUGACAAUGCAGCUCUCUCCACCCUGCAGCCUGGGGACCUGUACCGCUACCCUCUACUGGUGGAGCACAUGACCUACAAGACCCAUCAGACAGACAAUGGGGCAGGAGUGGUGUGGACAUUUCGUGAGGUGCUGGACCGGCUGCUGGGCGUGGUGUGUGGGAGUGUGAGGCAGGCGCUGCGAGGGGAGCGUGUCGUCUCCCUGCCCGGCCUCGUUCACAACACCUGCCUUCUCCUUGCUGCCACAGUCGCUGAGCUCUCUGCUGAAACUAAUGCUGCUGAGGAUGAGUUACCAGCGGGUGGGCGAGUGCUGCACAUCACACCACCACGCUUCACUCGCACCUCCCAGAGCCGCACUUGGAACACUGGUAAUGGCUCACCUGAUGCCAUAUGCUUCUCUGUGGACCGACCAGGAAUUGUGGUGGCUGGUGUGUGUGUGUUUGGAGGCGUGGGUACCUAUGACUAUGAGGUUGAGAUCUUGGAUGAGAGCGGUGGUGGUGGAAAUGCUGGUGGUAGUGGUGGAGCCCAGGACCCCUCACACACUCUGGAGCGCUGGAAUGUCAUUGAGAUGGCGCGGGGAACCUUUGGUCCAGAUGACUCAAUAGCUGAUAUUGUGGAGAUCAAGUUUGAGCGGCCUGUUCCUAUCAAGGAGGGAGUAAAGUAUGCCAUCCGCCUGUGCAACCAUGGCGGCCGGACAAGCAAUGGUGAUGGUGGGGUGCCCUCUGUCAAAGGUCCUGACAACACCACUUUCACCUUCUCUGCCUGCAGCCUCUCCGUCAACGGCACCAACCAUAUCCGAGGCCAGAUACCUCACAUUAUGUAUUACAGCAUGCCCCAGGAUCCUGAGAGUCAGCGGAGCACCAGGGAGAUAGCAGAGCAGCAGGCCCGGAAGUCUGCCCUCACCAUGGCAGGCAGCAUAGUUCGUGUGGCAACAGAACUCAUGAUCAUGGGCCUUGGUGUUGGGGAUGAAUCUGCUAUUGAAGUCCUGGGCACUGCUCCCCUCAUCACCAUGCUGCUGCCUCUGGUUCUGUCACACAUUGGUCCUGUGGCUACAUCAGAUCCCAGGAGCGCUGUGUCAGUUUUGGGACUGAUUCAGGAAAUUCUUCCACAUGUGGCUGCCCUGAACAACCUAAGUCUAGUCACCCAGCAGACAGCCAUCCCAGAAACCAUGGAGGACUGCCACACCACCACCAGUCACCACUAUGCCUGGGUGGAGAGUGAUCAUCCAUACCGCCCAGCAGCUGUUGCCAAUUUUAGAGUGACGUUCCCAUCCAGUGUCCAGUGGAUGACGUUGGAGUUUGACCCACAAUGUGGCACCGCCCAGCCAGAGGAUUCACUGCAGAUUUACAUACCAAGUCAGAGCAUAAAGGAAGUGAGAGGUCUGUCACCUGCUGGUACUGGAGGAACCUCAGAAUCACAAGAGCACACCACCCAAAUUUCCCAAGGCCAGGAGGGAGCCCCACCCCCUUACUGGGCUGUGCUCAACAAGUUCUCUGGGACACAGAACUGGCCCCACCAAACUAUUGUCUUGCCAGGGCAUGAAGUUGUGUUCUCACUUGAGACAGCCUCAGACUAUGUGAAGGAUGAGAGGGCCAACACCUAUGGCUUCCGAGUGUUAUUGGUGGGUUAUGAGUGGCCACCAUCACCUGCAGAUUCCAUUCGGCACCUGGAGAAGGAACUAUCAUACCUGGGAGGCCUGUGUGCUGCCUCCCUUAUUAAAAAAGACCUUUGUCUUCCACCCAUUGCAGGUGAUGAUUUGGAUGAUGACCUUGAGUUGGUGGAGGAACUGGCUCUGCAGGUGUACCGGGCACACCCAACACUGCUCUCUAGAGGGUUUGCUCUCUCCCAUCCACCCACCAUACAUCAGACUCUGGAUGGUGUGAUUCCCUUCAGUUGCCACUCCAAUGAACGGCUGUUCCUGCGCGAUUUUGUGUCUUGUGCUGGUGGCACUAGUGGUGGCCGGCUGGCACGGUGGCUGCAGCCAGACUCAUAUGUCGAUGUGCGGGCCUGUGAGGUGCUGUACAGCCGGGAUGACAUGCGUGCUGGCUGGCCUGCCAUUGUCACAAUCAUUACUCGAGACCAGUACAAUGAAAUGGUCCAUGUACCCUCCCUCAAGGUGGAGGUUGUGGCUGUGCCUGUGACCACAGGUGAGGAAGGUAGCCAGGGAAAGCCAAGGAGAGUGAGCCAGCAUGUGCCUGACAACAUGACUUUUGGGGGCCACCCACAGCCCUCCCUUGAUGUUCCCUACCAAGUUUCAAUCAAGGACAAGAUGUGUUACUGUGCAAUCACUAUGAUCAAGGCCUAUGAAAAUUACUCCUUUGAGGAACUUCGUUAUAUGUCUCCUGCCAUGCGGCGACCCACCGAAAAUAUGUUAGUGCGCAGUAAUAAUGAUGGCACUUACUCCUGCAAUUGGACCCCGGGUGCCACUGGCUGGUACUCCCUUCAUGUAACCAUUGAUAGCUAUCAGCUUGAAGAGACUUAUAAAAUGGAGGUGAAAGAACCACCUCAAGGAGUGACGCCACCUGUUCAAAGUACUGUGCGCCGAUCUUCCCAGCAACCAUCUCGUCUCCGUAAGUUCGUCUUGCAGAAUAGUGCUGGCCUGCGCAUUCGUACCCACCCUUCUCUACAGAGUGAGCAAGUUGGGACAGUGCACGUGAAUGGCACCAUUGCCUUCGUGGAUGAGGUCCACAACAGUGAUGGGGUGUGGCUGCGACUGAGCCCUGAAAGCAUGCGGCAGUACUGCAUCACAUCCCACUCUGAGGCCUGGUGUCUCCAGUACAACCAGCACCUUGGCAAGACUUUACUGGUGCCACUUGACCACCCCAAGACCAUACUUGAUCAGGUGAUAACAGAUACUAUCAGUCGACGUCGCACUGGCAGCUCACGGCGAGAGACAUCCAUGCCAGGGGUGGAAGGGGCCGAUGGGACUGUUGGGGGAGCUGGCAUGUACACAGUGGUGAAAUGUGGUGCUUCAGGACACAACAUUCGCAGCCAGCCUAGCCUGAAGGCCCCCCCAGUAGGGAUGUUGGUGCUGGGGAACAUCAUCACUGCAGACUGUGACACCAAGAACAUUGAUGGCACAUGGGUUCGCCUAGACUCAGAGAGCACACGCAAGUACUGCUUCACUGAUGGGGAGGCAUGGUCCUUAGCUGUGUCUCGUGGCCACACUCUUUACCUGCAGCGUUCCCACUCCCAUAGUCAUCCAUACAUGUCAUGUGUCUCAGACCCAAACAAUUUUGGCAGUCAGGGUUUUGACUUCACUCAAGCUCAAACCAGCCCAGUGUUUCGUCCCUUUCAGCAGCCAGCAGCAGGGGGUGAUCCAUUUGUCUUUGGUGCCAUAACUCGGGGCCGGGGUGAUGGCAGCAGCAGCAGUGGUGGAGGCCAGGCCAUUGGGAGGGGAGGAGACGUCCCUCACAAGUCACUCCAACACCAGAUGGUCGACAUAAACACCAUGACGGAUGAGCCUGAGGUGGCAGGAGCUUCAACCACCACCACCACUUCUUCCUCCACAUCUGCUCCUUCCAACACAUCCACCAAACAGCAGCAGCACCGUGGGAAAUUCUCUGUUUUGCAUCGGUGGCUCAAGGAGGAACAACACAAGGGUUCAUCAUCCUCUUCACUACUCACUCCACAUGGCCAACAGCUUACCCAGCAGCAGCAGCAGCAGCAGAUAGGGCAGCAGGCAGGGCAGCAGCAGCAGCAGCAGCAGAUGGGACAGCAGCUCUCUUACCACCCUCCACAACAGCAGCAGCAGCAGGCACAUCAACUGACACCUUCACAGUCUGCACAGCUUGGGGAAAGGAAGCAUGAGAAGAAGCCACAGCAGACACAGCAGCUGAGUGUUAGUGCCCCCCAGUGCAGCUUGUCCCGUGACGUCCCACCGGAGCUACAGGGAGUGUCAGUUAAGGAUCUAGUCAAAGCUAUAGGGGAGUCCCGGGCCAAUGGAAAUGGAGCCACGCCUCCCCGUACACCCCCAGCCACCCCAAAGCGACUCUCUCGUUCCUCCAGCCCUCGUGCAGCUGGCGUUGGGGCAUCAGGGAGCAGCACCAUGAUCUCUGCGUCUGGUACAUCACCUCGCCAGAUAUCUCGCUCCUCUAGCCCUGUACCCAUCCCAGGCCGGGGAAGGGAGAGUGCCAGCAGCUCUCCUCUCCACAGCUCUCCUCGGGCCACUGGAGUGUCUCCCUUGGUUUCUGGGAUGGGUGCCCUUGGGGAGAGAGCAGCCAGCAGCCCCCCCUCAGCCAUCCGUAGUGCUAAUGACUCCCUCAGUGACACAAGUGUCUUUGUGUCUAGCCUCACCCAAGACAUGUCCCACUCACCCAGUGUUUCUUCCCUGCCCACCUCCACACCCAGCACUCCAAGAAGGGAACCAUUUAGCAGUACAUCCAAAACAGUAACCCAGACAGCCACGCAAACCAGUCCUGAAGGAGUGAAAUUCAACAUUGGCUCCACUGGCUCCAGAGAGGAAAACAUGCGUCUUUCUCCCAAAAUGACCCGCAAGGACCGCUCAGGGAAGCCUCACAGGGGGAAGCGGGAACAUGUGGUAUCUCCAGCCUCGUCCCAGCGUGAGAAGCCAGGACCCAGCAGGGAUAAGGUGAAAGAAGCCAUGAGUCCCUCUGUGGCUGAAUGUCUAAGGGCCAUCUUUGCUGCCUUCUUAUGGCAUGAGGGCAUUGUCCAUGAUGCCAUGGCAUGUGCCUCAUACAUCAAGUUUCAUCCAGAUUUGACCAAGCAAGGCACCUUCCACUGGAAAUCCCCAGCUGCAUCAGGAGCAAAGACUGAAAAAUUGACCAAGGAGCAAAAGGCACGACAGCGUCACUCUGUAGAGGUGAGCACCUACAGCUAUCUCAACAAUGUGACACUGCAGAACACUGAUGACCUGCUCAAGCCUGGCACCAAUGCCAACAUCAAUGAAGUGACACACCUUACUGAGAGCAGUGGAGAAGACACAUCAGGCCGAGCUUCUACAAGUUAUGCUCAGGGAUCUUCUGGUCAAAAGCUUGCCACAGUUAUGGAGGGUGGGCCAGGCACAGAUCCCCCUGACCUGCCACCUGUCUUGCGCCAUGUGGUGCUGCUGUGGGAGGAACUCACCUCCAGCUGUCUGAAGGCUGUGGCACAGCAGAUCAUCCUCCCGUCCCCCACCGUCCCUGCUCGUCUCAAGAAAGCUGACAAAGUGAAAGAAAAAGGUGACCGUGAGAAAAAGAAGCACAAGAAAAAAUCUUCCUCCAGCAGCAGCAUACCCAUGUUUGGUGCUGAGGCAGCAGCUGCAGCAGCAGGGGAAGAAGAGGAUGGUGUGUGUGAACUGUGUGGUUGCAAUGUUCCUUCAGAGAGCUCUGAACAGCAUUUCCGGACAGUCCAUCCAGGGUGUGGUGCAUCCUCCAAGGGCUGUGGCUAUGUGGGUACACGCUGGAAAGUGUUCCCCACCAAGGACCGAGUGUCACAGCCCUGUGGUGAGGCAGUGCGGGGCUGCUUCCACAUGUGCUGGAGCUGCCGCAACAGACACAAAGGCCAAUUUAGUCAAUUUGCUGGCAACAAAUCUAGCAAUGGGAAGUCAAAAAGAAAAUCCAAUAGUAAACUGCUCUCUCCAUUACCCCAACUAGAUGCCCAUGUAAUUAUGAGAAAUAAUGCCAUGUUCCUAUUAGAUCUGGCAAGUGCAGCAGCGCCAGCAUUGCUCAACCGCACCCACCUGCUGAGACGCUCCCCCUGUGUCAUGCCUUGUGUAUCAGAACUCAGCCCAGACAACAGCCCUUUCCCCAAGGUUGCAUUCCAGUGCCUCCACACCCUCAACUGUCAGCAGCAGCACCUCAAUCAGCUGCGGGAGGACCUGCUGCUCCACCACACCUUCCACACUGGGGAAAAUGCUGACUACAGGAGCAGCUCAGGAGAGUCCCGGGAGAACAACCACAGGGAACAUUCCCCAUUUUCCCCUCCAGGAGCCUCACACCAAGAGUCACCAGCAUCAGACAGUGAAUUACCACGAGGACGCCCCUUUCACCGCUCCAUAUCAGUCACUGUGGGCACCUCUGGUCAAGACUGGAGCUCAGCUGCUGCCUCAGCUUCAGCCUCCCAUCAUGAGCAGGAACAGAAAGCUAUUGUUGUGCUAAGGAAACGUAACAACAGCAGUGGCGAGAAUGCAGCAGAUGGAGGCAGCUCCCUAUUGGCUCAUCCCUCUGCUGCCCUGGAGCGUUUGGCUGCCUGCAUUGAACGUGGAGGUGGCCCUGGUGGUGACCCAGGAGGCCGGGCGCGGCAAGUCAUCAUCCGACCUAUCAUGGCCUUUAUCUUCCAAAAUCAUGACCUGGAGACUCUAGCAUUUGCAAUGAGACAUGCAACACGCAAGGCAGCAGCAAGAGUGUAUGCCAUGCAGGCCCUAAAUUGGCUGCUACGAAGUGUCACACAGCCUACUUGCCUUCAUGACCUUCUGUGGUGCUUUGUGGCAGCACUCACCCCCACAGGGCCCCAACAAGGAACCCCUGCUGCACCUGCAGAAGACAUCAACCCUCAGAAUCAGCAACAAGUUCAAAGAGAAAAGGCCCAUGACCUGCAGGAGGGAGAAAUGGUUGUGUUGGAACAUCCCCUGAGCGAUGUGACGCUGGCAGGUGAUGCUGUUCACCCACUGCCUCAGACCUUCCAUCAACUGCUGCAGACAGUGGCUGAUCUCAUGAUGCUGCUGCCACCUGGCUCACCCCUCCAGAUGAUGGCUGUCAGGUGCUGGGGUUUGCGCUUUACCCCUUCUGACCAUGACUUCCUGCACCAGAGCCAUGUCUUCUCCAACAUAUCCAAGAUCCUGUCCCGUUCUGAGGAGGUGCUAGGGGCUGGGGAAGAGGGUGUGGCAUCCAUGUAUGAGAGUCAUGGCCCGCAGACCCCCUCCCACCCCCCCUGCCCUGACCGCCUCCGAUGGUCCGCUGCGCAGGUGACCAGCACUGUGGAGUGCCUGAGGGACCUGAUGGCUGAGUGUGAGAUGCGGGCAUCCAGCAGACAGGCCAUGGUCCCCUCCCUUACGGACUCUUCCACCGAGACCUUCUGGGAGUCAGGGGAUGAGGAUCGCAACAAGACUAAGACCCUUACCAUCACUUGUCCUUCCUCUGUCCACCCUCAGGCCAUCUACAUUCACAUAGACAACUGCAGAGACCUUGGGAACAAAGUGUCCAGUGUAGUGUUCAAGUGUGGCAGUGGUGGUGAUGAUAUGGCCAUUGCAAGAAAAGUUGACCUUGAGAGCAGGUUUACAGGCUGGCUGCAUGCUGUCUUACUGGGUGAGGCAGUGACAUCCCUGGUGGUGGAGCUGCGUGGGCCAGACCAGAGUGUGAGGGUGCGACAGGUGAGGGUUCUGGGUAGUGGAGAGGGAGAGGGGAGUGGUGUGAGACCCCUCCGCCAGCACUCACCCCUCACCAUCCAACACCGAGCCUGUGAGCAGGAGACCCUCAAAGUUUUCCGGCUCAUCACAGGACAGGUCUUUGGUCGGCUCAUCAGGACAGCUGAGGGUGCUAGUCAUGGUAUGGAAGGACGGGAAGUAGGCAGCGGUCCCCUGGCAACAGUAGAACCACAGGAACGCAAUAAUGAUCUGAGGGAACACAUGGUUGGCAUCCUUUUCUCCAGGUCAAAAUUAACACACUUACAGAAACAGGUGUGCUCCCAUAUAGUGCAGGCCAUCCGCAAGGAGACCGUGCGUGCCCGAGAAGAGUGGGAGUCAGGGCUUAGCUGUGAGACCCUGGGAACUCCGAAUACCCCUGAAGAGGGUCAACAUAGUGCUCCAGACACCUACUGCUUUGAGAUGCUGUCCAUGGUGCUUGCACUGAGUGGCUCAGCUGUGGGACGUGCCCAUCUUGCCCAGCAGGACCACCUUCUCCGCCACCUCCUCUCCCUCCUCCACACAGGCUCAGCAAGAGUUCAGCGGCAGGUUGUGGCACUGUUUCGACGCAUGCUGGUAGACGUGCCUCCUCAGUCACUGGCUUUGAUCCUUGGGGUGGAGGUACUCCCUGUCUAUGACUAUGCCAGCCUCCACACCGCCACACAGGACCAGGACACUCCCUUUGAUACACAAAAGCAGGGUAUCCUUGAUGUGUUCUUAGCAGUGAUUUCCAAGGCCCUCACAGUUCAGCUCAAGACCAAGGGUAGUGAUGGUGGCAAGAUAGCAGUGGCACAAGGCAAGGGUGGUGUUACCUCAGUGACUCUGGCCACAGCCAUGCCCACGCCACCUGCCAACUCCCCUCGCUGGUGGCUCAGGGGACAUGCCACACAGAAGCAAGCUGACCUCAUUAUAAAUCUAAUAAGAGACAUGUCCAUGGGCAAGCUCUCUGAUGCCUGGGCAAAGGUCAGCAAGGCAUCAAUAGCAGAAAACAUCAUCAACCUGACCCGCCUACAUGAGAGUGACAGAUCAUGUGCUGCAACGUGCCUGACCACCCCAACACUAUGGUUGGCUUUGGCUUCUCUGUGUGUCCUGCACCCAGACCAUGUGGACGCUCUCUCCUCCCAGCACUGGCAGGCCACCACCUCCUCAGGGGACCCACACAAUCCUGAGCCCAGGCCCACUUGUGAAAACCAUGAUGAUGGGGAGACACUUGCCAUGAUCCUGUGUGAGGAGUGCAGCAGCAACUUAUGUGGUGAGUGUGACCGGAUCCUCCACCUGCAUCGCCGCACCCGACACCACCAUCGAACUGUCUUCAGGCAGGAGCAGGAGGCCAUUAAGGUGGACCUUCAUGAAGGAUGUGGCCGCACAAAACUCUUUUGGUUGUUGGCUUUGGCUGAUUCCACCACCCUGAAGGCCAUGCUAGAGCUGAGAGGUGAAAACCAGCGUUCCCGUGGUUCUGUUGCAGCUACCACCUGUAGAUUUUGUGGUGCUCCAGCCCAACCAUCUCUCCUCUCUCCAGCACCUGUCUGUCAGGAUCCAGACUGCCAGGAGUACAGUCGAGAAGCCUGUGUGAGGACCAGUGACUGUGGUCACUUGUGUGGGGGUCUGAAGGGGGAGACCACCUGCCUUCCCUGCCUCCAUGGGUGCUCUAAUAAUCCCUCUCUCAAGCAAGAUGCAGAUGACAUGUGCAUGAUCUGCUUUUCUGAAGCUCUCUCAGCUGCUCCAGCUAUUCAGCUGGAAUGUGGCCAUGUGUUUCAUGCUCACUGCUGCCGCAAUGUGCUGAAGCGCCGAUGGCCAGGCCCUCGCAUCACCUUCACCUUCUCAAUGUGUCCAAUAUGCAAGGUUGCGAUGACCCAUGGGGUGCUUGGGGAGCUGCUUAGUCCAGUUCUGGCCCUAUAUGAAGAUGUGCGACGAAAGGCCCUCAUGCGAUUAGAGUAUGAGGGAUUGCAUCGGGCUGAGGCGAUAUCCACCCCUGGGGCCCGUUACCACAACAACCCAGCAGCCUUUGCCAUGGACAGAUAUGCAUACUACGUCUGCUACAAGUGCAAUAAGGCCUACUAUGGUGGGGAGGCAAGAUGUGAUGCUGAGGCAGGCUUGGGAGAUGACUAUGACCCUCGAGAAUUGGUCUGUGGAGCUUGCUCAGAUGUCUCACGUGCUCAGAUGUGCCCCAAACAUGGUACUGACUUCCUGGAGUACAAGUGCCGCUACUGCUGCUCAGUGGCUGUCUUUUUCUGCUUUGGCACCACCCACUUCUGCAACGCUUGCCACGACGACUUCCAGCGUGUCACCAACAUCCCUAAGGCCGAGCUCCCCCGCUGCCCUGCUGGUCCCCGUGCCCAGCAGCUGGAAGGGGAAGAGUGUCCGCUUCACGUCCAGCAUCCACCCACAGGGGAGGAGUUUGCCCUGGGCUGUGGGGUUUGCCGGAAUGCUCACACCUUUUAAGGGAAUUGUGUGUUGUUGGGUUUUUAUUCUUCAGUGCCAAGAAACCAUUCUGGGCACCAUCACAUGUCCUUCUCUGUGAAUAGUCAAUAAAGUGUGCACGAGAGUGGCCACGAUGGUAAAUAGAACACUGUAAAGGAGGGAUGUCCCUCUUUAUUUUUGUCAGUUUGUAUCAUAUUCCUGCACCAUUAUGCUGUAUAUGAUGAUGCCUGACUAUAUUUGCAAGUGACAAUAUUGAACUGUAUUGAUCAUGGACUUUCCCACUUCUCAGGAAUGAAUGAAAUAUUGGUAAAUGUAAUGCAGGUGCUGUGUCUGUUUGUGCAUGUGUACAUGAACACACAGGUGUUAGUAUACAUCAUUACUCACUCUGCCAGUUACCUUUGGAAGAGUUUAUUACCAGAGGAAGUGAUGACCUAAGCAGCAUUCAAUCAUUUCACCAUGCCCUGACAUAACCUAUAUAUAUUUUUUUCCUUAUUUAAUUUUUGUUUGUCAAUAUUUAUGUAUUACUUUUUCACCAUACACCUCAUUUCACCUCAGUGCUACACCUAAUCAUGUGCCACAUCUACUCUAUCCCACUGAGCCAUUCCAGUAUCUGCAACUCACUUAUUCAUCUCAUCACUUUCCCAUACCAUUCCUCACCCUCCCAAUGUGGUUAUCUCCACAUGCAUUCCUCAAUUUUGUAAUUUCUGCUCCUGUCAUCAGAAGUAUUUGUUGCAUAUUCACAUUAAGUUAAUGAUGUAUUAGUAUUUCAAGUCAUCAGUUAUUCUUAUUAAAAUAUAUGCUACAUCUUGUUCUUUAAUAAGUGGUAAUGGACAUAAUUUUAUUAAAAUUUAAAAGUCACUAAGCUUACAAUUAGAUAUUGAUAGUUUUAUUUUUUAGUCAUUAUUAUCCUGUAAAUACUUAGUAUUUUGAUUCUGCUGCUCAAGAAAAUGUGUAAAGACAUUUGCAUAUCUGAAGUAUUAUAAGUUAUUUUCCUUCUGCUCCAUCAGUUCACUUUCCUCUCUUGCAUUUCUGUUUCUUACAAUGCUACCCCACCUUGUAAUUUUAGUGUUAAGGUUAUGUAUUGUGUGAUUAACAUAUCCUGAGCCAGGAGAAGUAUUUGUAUCAAGCAUUAGGAAUUAUCCCGACUUCAGCAACCUCACUUAUCCUAUAAAUUUCAUUCUCAUCCUCAAGGCAUUAGACUGCAUAUAUCAUCUACAAUGUUAAAGUGAGCACUUUGUAAAUAGUCAUAUAAAGUACCAUUGCCCAAAGAUCAAAGGCUUUGUGCUGCUUACCACAGUGAGCACAUGACUAUGUUGCUUCUUAGCCAGCAGUAGGCAGACAUAACAAGCGAUGCAUCAAAAGAUACAAGUGCACAAAAUAAUUUAUAUCAAGAAUUUAGUCCAGUUACAAUGCCGCUGCUGAAAUAGGCAGUUUGGAUCUCAUGUUUACAGCUAUCAAGCAUUUUAUGCCAAUAACACUCUGGGGUAUGAUGUCACUUUUCAUAUCUAUUAUGUUGACAAUUAAUGUGCAUUACCCUUCCCUCAUGCUGCUGCUGCUGCUACUGCAUUACCACAUGAACUUUGGUUUAAAAAGGCAAUCAUUGAAGUUAGAUUUAUAUGUAGUGAUGAAAAACUGGUUCAUAUACUUGCAGCUUUUAAUAGGCAGUACAUUAUUAUGUAUGCCCGGUGACAUACUACCAAUAACAAGUGCAUCAGUGCAUAAUUUAAGGGAUUUUAACCAACCAGUUUGUCUUUUUAGGGGGAGCUGUGGCAUGACUGGCUCUGAUUAUUUGCAGGAAUGAGCCCAGUUUUUAUUUUCCUUACUCUUAAGACCUUUCAUUCAGGCCUGGCUGUGAUUACUUUGCUAAGUGGAACAGAUGUCUGCUAUCAAAAUUUCAUCAGAGUUGGAGGUCUUAGAAUAAGAUCUUUUCUAAGAUUAAAUUAUUGGUUGUAAAUGCAGAUAAGAAUUAGUGAAAUUUGUUAAUAGUAACUUCCACUUCUGUAUAAAUAAAAACUUAUCUGAUAUUUUCUCCAACCUAAUUUAAAAACUUCAAAGAUCAUAAAUUUUCAAAGGAAGGUGUAAUUCCAAUAGAGGUGGAGAGGGUCAGCAAGGAUAUGUAGUCAUGAUAUAGUAAAUGCAGGUGACAGAAGGCAUGCUAAGUCCUACCCAAGUCAGUAGGGAUAAUGUAAUGAUAAGUUAGCAAUACUUAAUAAGGGGUAGCAUCAAAAUAUUGUGACUGGGUCAUUGGCAGGGUACAGGGGCUGAGCUAGGCUGGGCUGGAUACAAGCUUGUGAUAUUUAUUUUAUGAUACUCUUUGUUUUGUUGUCCUCUGUUUUAUCCACAUGUGGUGUACUGUAGCCUUUUUUUUUCUAUUAAUGAUAUUGAUGUCACAACUCAGAAGCUGUCCAGAAAAUGUUCUUGAAGAACACUACAGAAGUGUGCCUGUCUUGUAAAUGGGAAUGCAUGAAUGUACAUAUGUGUGUCUGUUCCUGUACCUGACUGCUGUAUGGCACUGCCCUCAUCCUAGAUGGCAGCAGUAUCUCCAGGACAACCCUGGAGCACUCUGAGGUUGUGCUUAAGUAGAAAUUCAUAAACAGUAUUUUCCACAUGAGUAGCAACAUUCCUGUUGUGAUGCCUGUACAUGUUUUAUUAAAGGUGGUGACUGACUGCUGUUACCAGUAUUUAUGUUAAUGUAAAAGUUGUAUACAUUUGUAGGACAGUGCAUAUCUCUUUUGCUGAUCAACAUCUCAUUAAAUGCAAAUCAUUAUUUGCCGUGUUUGAAACUCCACAGUUUUUAAGUAGUUCAGUAUGAUGUUUUGCCUCUAUCCAUUAAAGUUCCAGCCCUCUAGUGAUGUAUUCUGGGAUUUCAGUAUGUAUCAGAGACCAUGAUAUAGCCAUAAACUUAAUCCUGCUUGUUGCUCAGUUUGCAUUAUCUACUUUAUUUCUUGGAAAUUUUUCUGUAAUAAAGCCAAAUGGGUUUGAUAUAUUAGUUCAAGCAGCAUGCAUAAUGUGAUAGCACCAGUCUUUACAAUCCUCAUGUGAUUGGGCACAGUUUAAGUCUGACAGGCAGAAGCGUACAUGAAGAGAAGAGUAUGAUUUGACUUGGGCUUUCAUGAGCGCAAGAUGUGUCGGUGCAUAUGACAAGUGGUGUAAACAAAGACUAUGUACAGUAUGGUGUAGGGUGUUUCAAGAUGUCCAUUGUUAAGCAAGUCUUAUAGCAUGAAAUCUCAAAGGAUCAAAUUGUUGAAAAAUGAAUGUAAAUGUAGUCAUCCCUGAAAAUACACAUGGGUCAGCAUAUCACCUACCAGAAAUGUUUAACUAUGUUCAGCAGCAUUUAUGCAACUGUCCUUUAGUUUGGCCAUAUUCCCAAUAUUUCCAUAUUAUGUGAUAAAGCCAAUUAAAUUGCACCAAGUAUAUAACAAAUGUGGAACUUUCUUGUUAUUUCAUUGAGCAUAUUUAGCUCAAACAAGCAUUAGCUGCUUGAGGCAAUUUUAUAGUCUUAAGGCCAUCUAUUGCUUGUUCAGAUUGACUUUCCUACACUUAUUAAACAAUGUCCAUGUUUAUAUGUGUACAGAAUAUAUGUAGAUUUCUGUGUAAACAUCUGUAUUUUUGGAAAUGGAAAGCCUGUCUUUGUGAUUUUAAAAUGAAUCUCAAAGCAUUUUUAGUAACUCAAGUAUGGCAUUUGAUUGUACUAGAUGAAUCUCAACUUACCUUUAUGGAUUCAAGUGAAUACUUUCAAAAC